AGUGGGCGUGCACAUCCGAUCUAAGUUGCAUGGUAGUUCUUAUCGAAACAAAUGACUGAGUCCGCCGGUGAACUGAGUGUUCUGUUUAAUUUUAAGCUUAUUCGAGUCGUUUGUUGUUUAUACAUAAAUUAGACUUAUUAAUUAGACUAAUUGUUCACCAGACUUUCAUCAGAUCUCAGCAGAAUGUCGUGUCCAGUGAGUCAACCUGCAGUGGAUUUGAACCCGGCCCUGCUCCCGCUGGACUGGCUGUUAGGGACGUGGGAAUCGGAUGAGCCGGGUCAGGUGUCCUUCCCCACCAUCAAACCUUCCCUCUACCACGAGACACUGUAUUUCACUCAUGUGGGACAACCGGUCAUCAACUUCAUGUUUAACGCUUGCCAUGCUGACAGUAAAAAGCCUCUUCACAGAGAGACCGGUUUCAUCCGGAUUCAGCCAGGCACCAACAAAGUGGCCUUCAUCAUCGCUCAGAACUCAGGACUAGUAGAGAUCGAGGAAGGCGAGCUGGUUGAGCAGAAACUCACUCUACAGAGCAAAGCUUUGGCCAGGAUUUCUUUCGCCAAGGAGCCAUACGUCCAGCAGAUCUCCAGGAUCUUGCAGCUGAGAUCAGACGGGAAACUGGAGCAGACGGUGUUCAUGGCGCUGGAGAACCAAGCCCUGACCCAGCACUUACACAUCACCUACCGCCGAACGUCCUCACCUCUGAAGAGUCAAUAAUAAACACCACACACACACACACACACACACACACACUUCACACAAGUAACAGAGGCACACAGCUACCUCCAUUUCUCAUCAAGAUUUAUAAAGUAAAAAAGCUGGACAUUUGUGACAUUUUUUCACUCACUAGUAUUGAAUGUAGGUAGAUGAGCAUUUAUGGAAGGAGAUGUGGAGUUUAAGAUCUUUAUGAGGAAGCAUUAUGUGUUUGAAACAGGAAUUUUUGUGAAGUGUGUGUGAGAAAAGUAGCUCUACUAAAUUACAGCUUGAAUAAAUUCGAUAGAAAUGGACAUAGAAGCCUUAAAAUGUUACUUUGGGGGAAAUUCUACUUUACACAAUAACUCUUUAAAUCAUUAUGAAUGAUUAUGGUCUAACGAUGCUAACGGCCAUUUCCAAACACCACUAUUAAGUUCUGGCGGCGUCCAUUUUAGGUUCGUUAGAUGGCAAGACCCGCCCCUUUGUUGUAAACGAUGCUCAAGCUCGUUAAUUGUUUAAUGAAAACGUUUGUUUGGGAUAAUAUUUUUUGACUCAGGUAAACAUCAUUUACGUGUUUUAUGUUGAUCUUUAAUCCAGUCUUGCAGAAGUUUGUCUUUUCCUUCAGUUUACACACCUGGAGGAUAAAAACGAGGAAAUAAAUGUAUUUAAAAUAGAAUAUUUAUUUACUCUUCAUUCGGGUUUUCUGUAGGAAUUUGUCGCAAAUCAUCACGAGUCAGAUUUAAAGAGCAUAACAUCUAAUGAUUUAAUAUAAAACACCAAAAGAUUAAACGUGAUAAACUUCUUAUUACGUAAUAUUUCUGAUUCCUUGUUGCUGUUUAUUCAUGGGAAUAUGGGUUUAUAUAACGCACUUAAUAUGCUUGAUAAAGUCAUUAAUAAAGUAAUAUACUCCUGUAAUUAGUGUUCAGUUUGUACAGAAAUCCUCAUCUCUUUAAAAGCUCAUUAUUUACAGAUUUUAUCUCAGUAUAUCGAUAUUUAAUACAAUUAACACCAAUUAUGGAUUCAUCAAUCAAUCGAAAUAUCAUUUUAAAACUAGUAUAUUAAAGUGAAGCAGUCAGAAUGAGCCUUAAUAACUGAGAGAAGUCCAAAGCUGAUUUUUUUUUUCCAUUACUGAGUUGUAUUCUUCUGUAUGUUUUAUGUUUUUGUGGUUUUUCUGGACUAAAGGGUUAAUAAUCUACACACAGCUGUCCUUUAUUUUUCUAGCCAUUGUUGUACUUUGUUAGUUUUAUUUAAGCUACAUGAUGUACUGUAUGAUAAUCUAAACCAGGUGAACAGUUUAAUAAUAAACCAUUUAAACCAGUAAACACUCCCCUGGUGGCAUGUGGUCUGUUUACUGGAAACGUAUAAAACAUGCUGUUGUUGAUGUGGAACAGAGUUAAACCAUCUUUAGUUUUUUGGCUAAUCUUCUGUUACAACAGGCUGAAAAUCCUCCAGUCCUCCACACAAAUAAUCAAUUAUUUAUAGAAUUAUUUCUGUCUGAAAAAUGAUCUAACAGUGCCUGUGGGCAUUUGUACAUCCAUCCAUCCAUCCAUCUUAUUUUGCAAAAUGACAUUGCAAAUCUGGGAAAAUUAUAUCUUACUUUUUAUUUCUUACUUGCUCUCUCUCUCUCUCACACACACACACACCCACAGCUCUCUCUUUCUUUCUCCCAUUCUCUCUCUCACAUUCUUUCUCCC